UUCCUUUUUUUCUUGGCUCCUCAUCGCCUUUUUUUGAACGGUUUAAUUUGCCCCCCUUUAGCAACAAACUGCUAGUUACGGACAUUCUGUCCAAUGUCAAGAAACAUAUUCUAUCAGCCACCGGCGGCCGUGGUCGGGUCACCUCACGCCGAUCAUGUUCCGGUCUCCAUCGACGACGAUAGUAACCAUGUCGCCUACACUUCUGCUACUCGACCGGAAGCUUUUCGACAACGUCGCGGAAAACAUGGCAUGGACGGUUACGGAUUAUCGGCGGAAAAAGCAGCACGGACCCGCGAUUGGCGCAUCGUGGCAGCACUGACCCUGUGGGCAGGUUACAUUCGCUUGUGGAAGAUAUACCAGCCGUCGUCUGUAGUUUUCGAUGAGGUUCAUUUUGGCGGAUUCGCAAGCAAAUAUAUCAAAACGAGGUUCUUUAUGGACGUUCAUCCGCCUCUUGCGAAAAUGCUGAUUGCACUGGUAGCCAAGCUGUCGGGCUUUGACGGAUCCUUUGAUUUUAAGGAUAUUGGCAAGGAUUAUAUUGAACCGGGUGUUCCUUACGUUCCCAUGCGUGUUUUCUGUGGAUUACUGGGGGUGUUGGUGGUACCUAUUUGCUAUUUGACCAUGCGUGGCGCGGGGCAUUCGGUGGCAGCAGGCAUUGUAGCGGCAUUAAUGGUGUGCUACGAGAAUGGUUUAAUCGCCAACAAUCGACUCAUUCUGUUGGAUCCGGCGCUGCUGUUUUUUACUGCCGCCACUAUUCUGGUGUGGAUCAAUUUCCAUAACGAGCAUGAACAACCAUUCCAAAAAUGGUGGUACAUCUGGCUGGCCCUGACUGGGUGUGGGCUGGGACUCACAGCGAGCUGUAAGUGGGUCGGUUUAUUCACCAUUGCUACGGUCGGUGUAUCCACAUUAAAGGAUCUCUGGCGACUGUGGGGAGACACCCAUGUAUCAGUGCGAACGUUUGUGCGUCACUUUAUGGCACGAGCCGUUUGCUUGAUCAUAAUUCCGGUGUUCAUCUACAUGAUCAUGUUCCAAAUUCAUUUUCAUUCUUUGCCCAACAGCGGUGAGGGAGAUGGAUUCAUGAGCCCUGAAUUUCAGCAAACGUUGGACGGUCACAGCAUGGCCGAUGCCCCCAUUGAUAUCGCUUACGGAUCCAAGGUCUAUAUUCGUCAUGUCGCUACUCACGGUGGUUACCUGCAUUCGCAUCCUCAUGAUUAUCCUAGCGGCAGCAAACAGCAACAAAUUACACUGUAUCCUCACCGCGACGAUAAUAAUUGGUGGAUCAUCUACAAAAAGGACUCGGAAGAACCUGUUGGGAUCGAGUAUGUACGUCACGGCGACGUUAUCCGUUUAAUACACCAAGAAAGCAAAAAGCGGCUCCACUCUCACGAUCAUCGUCCACCGAUGACCGAUCUUGAUUACCAUAACGAAGUCAGUGCUUAUGGUUUCCCUGGUUUUGGUGGUGAUGCAAACGAUUAUUGGCGAGUGGAAAUUGUUGACCAUGACAAGCAUGAUGAAGAAGCUGGAGAACGCCUAAGAACGAUUCAUUCCAAAUUCCGGCUCGUUCACAUUAUGCAAAAUUGCGCGCUUUUCUCGCAUUCAGUCAAAUUGCCCGAUUGGGGUUGGGGACAACAAGAAGUCACUUGCAUUAAAAACGGCAAGAUUCCCAAAACGAUUUGGUACAUCGAGUCCACCGUAAAUGAUAAACUGCCACCGGAUACUCCCAAAGUGAACUAUCAUAAGCCAGGCUUCUUAUCAAAGUUCCUUGAACUUAACCGAGUGAUGUGGGAAACCAACAAAGGAUUAACAGCAUCCCAUCCUUACGAUUCUAGACCCGAGUCUUGGCCCAUGCUUCGAAGAGGCAUCAAUUUCUGGGGAAAAGAUUUUCGACACAUCUAUCUAUUGGGCAACCCACUCGUUUACUGGGUAUGCACAUCGACGGUUGUUCUUUUUGUUGUUGUCCGAUGUGUCCUUUUGUUGCUGGACAAGCGAGGGGUUAACAUCGAAUUGGGAGGUCUUCGGAGAUAUUAUGAGGAGUCAGCCGGGUUCUUCCUAGUGGGAUGGGCCCUGCACUACUUGCCCUUCUUCCUUAUGGGACGGCAGCUAUUUUUGCACCAUUACAUGCCGGCCUUAUAUUUCAAUAUCCUCCUGUUUGGCGUUAUUUUUGAUGCGGUGACGGUUCGACUGGUGUCUCGAAAGCGCAUGAUCGCGGCGAUGCUCGUUACUGUGAGUGUGAUACUCGUGUACCGUCGCUUUAUUCCUAUCACCUAUGGCGAUCCUUGGACAAAGACAUCUUGUGAAACGGCCAAGUGGCGUUCGACAUGGGAUUUUGAUUGUGUGGUGUAAGUCUACGAUUCUCUUGUGGAAUUUGUGAAUCGCUAUGCUUGCGAUCAAAGCUUACUG